AUCUAAUCACUGUAUCACUACCUCCGGACAAGGAUGAAGUUUGACGACAUUCUGCGGGAACUCGGAGAGUUUGGAUUCUAUCAGAAACGACUGUACUUGUUGCUAUGUAUACCUGCCAUCAGUGUUGGUUGUUAUAUGAUGGGGAACAUCAUCCUACUAUAUACCCCAGAUCAUAGAUGUAAAAUACCUAACCUAGACAAUGACACAUGGGAAAUUCAGGGAGACUGGCACCAGGAUAUGGUCAACAAGUAUAUACCACCAUCCUCGGAUUAUGACUAUGACAGAUGUCACGUGUACAGAGAUGGUCUUAAUACCAGUGAGUACGAGUGUACUGACUGGGUGUACAGCAAAGAAGUCUUCCAUGAAUCAUUCACAUCAAAGCAAAACUUUGUUUGUGGGGAAGCUCUGAAAACAUCCCAUCUACAGUUGGUGUAUUACUUUGGUGUGUUGGUAGGUGAUCUUGGGUUUGGCUUACUCUCUGAUGUAAUAGGCAGGAAGAAGUCAUUCUACAUAUCAUGUAUCCUACAAGUGGCAAGCGCCAUGGGUGUAGCAUGGGCACCAAACUUCUGGACAUACCUAGUGUUAGAGUUUCUAGUGGGUGCUGCCUGUCAUGGAGUCUUCAUGUGCUCAUGUGUCCUUGGCCUGGAGGUAGUGGGACCAACAAAGCGUGUAUGGGCUGGGGUUGUGAUUCAUGGCUUCUUCACUGUGGGACUGUGUUACCUGUCUGGUGUGGCCUGGCUGCUCAAACACUGGUCUUACAUACAGAUAGCAGUUGCUGCACCAUGUGCUCUCUACCUCACAUACUGGUGGUUUAUCCCUGAAUCUCCAAGAUGGCUGAUCAGUAUGGGUCGUCAUGCAGAAGCAGAAAAGAUCAUCAGACGUAUGGCAGCGACCAACAAAGCUACACUACCAGAGAAAAUGUUCAGUCGGGAUACAGUAGAGAAAAAGAAAGGGGGAAAACUCUGGGAACUCUUCACUAAUAAAGUCCUUUUUGUCAGGACUAUGAUCAUUUUCUUUAACUGGAUAAUAGUAAGCAUGUGUUACUAUGGUGUAACUAUGUAUGCUGGGACAAUUGGUGGCAAUUUUUAUCUCAACUUUUUCCUGCUGGCCAUAAUAGAGUUUCCAGCUUUCAUCAAUAUUCCAAUGUUAGACUGUAUGGGACGGAAGUGGACACACAUUUUCUUUAUGUGGAUAGGGGGAUUUGCAUGUAUUGGAACAAUUUUCACAGUUGUCUAUGGAGGUGAUGAUUAUCACACCUUCACCUUGGUUCUUUCACUAAUUGGCAAGUUAGGACCUUCUGGAGCUUUUGCUGUGAUAUAUAUAUAUUCACUAGAACUAUAUCCAACCCUUCUCAGGAAUGCUGGAAUGGGCGCCAGCUCCUGUGUGGCAAGAUUUGGAGGAAUGGCAGCACCUUAUGUCGCAAAAAUGGGAGAAUUGAUUGGUGGAGAUUUUGGUAAAGCCUUGCCACUGGCAAUUUUUGGUAUCACAUCUGUUGUAGCUGGUUUGUUGUGUCUCUUUUUACCAGAAACACUAAACCAGAAAUUACCAGAUACUGUUGAGGAGGCUGCAAAAUUCAAGGGGCAUCAAAAGAGGAAGACAGAAGAGAUCUACAUCCCAGAGACAACAGAGGACAUUAUCCAGACAAAAUUUUGAAUUUGCGAGAAAAAUCAUACAUACGAUUUCAUAGUGUUUGUUCAUUUUUCAGCAAGUGUACAAA